UAUUUUGGUGAUUUUAAUGAAUUUUCCGAAUUUUAAUUGAAAUUUAUAUUUACCGUAGUCAGAUACUGCACAAAAUUUCUCCGUACCAAAAGGUCAAGAGCUGGCAGAGCGUGCUCUCGCCUGCGCGCAAAACCUGUUUGUAAAAAUGUCUGUAACAAAACUAUCCCUCAACUUCACCAUUGAGUUGUUGUUAAGGCCAACCCUCAAAUUUUAAUUAGAUCUGCUUUGUUUUUAAGGUAUUAGAACGUUAAUAUUUUUCUCUGAGCACAGAGAUAGUUCAAGCUUGACGGGAGAUUUACAAUGAUAAAGACUCUAGUCCCACCUUGCGAAGCAUUGAAGUUACCCGUUGCAAAGGUUUCUGGGACUAAGCACUCCAAGCAGUUAAAGUACAAAGGGUUGAGAAUGGAGCUGACUAUAACUCAACCUGAUGAUUGGCAUCUUCACCUUCGAGAUGGUGACCUUCUUAAAGCUGUUGUUCCACACAGUGCAAAUUAUUUUGGAAGGGCAAUUGUAAUGCCAAAUUUGAAACCCCCCGUCACCAGCACAGAUGCUGCUGUUGCUUAUCGUGAAUCCAUCAUGAAAGCUCUGCCCACUGACAGCAAAUUCACUCCACUUAUGACACUUUAUUUGACGGAUACCACUAGUCCCCAUGAGAUCAAGCUUGCAAGAAGAAGUGGGGUUGUAUUUGCUGUUAAGUUGUAUCCUGCUGGUGCUACAACAAAUUCUCAAGAUGGUGUUACGGAUCUAUUUGGGAAAUGUUUACCUGUUCUUGAGGAAAUGGCUGAGCAGAAUAUGCCAUUGCUGGUUCAUGGGGAGGUUACAGAUCCUAAUGUUGACAUAUUUGAUCGUGAGAAGGUCUUCAUUGACACCAUUUUACGACCUCUGAUUGAAAGGCUUCCAAAGCUAAAGGUUGUGAUGGAGCACAUAACUACUAUGGAUGCUGUUAAAUUUGUUGAAUCUUGCAAUGAGGGGUUUGUAGCAGCCACUGUUACUCCACAGCAUCUUCUUCUCAAUAGAAAUUCUAUCUUUCAAGGAGGACUACAGCCACACAAUUAUUGCCUUCCGGUACUAAAAAGAGAGAUUCAUAGGCAAGCUAUCGUUUCAGCCAUUACCAGUGGAAGUAAAAGAUUUUUCCUUGGAACUGAUAGUGCUCCUCAUGAGAGAAGGAAAAAAGAAUGUCCUUGUGGAUGUGCUGGCAUUUACAAUGCCCCUGUCGCAUUGUCAAUGUAUGCCAAGGUUUUUGAAGAGAUGGGUGCCCUCGACAAGCUAGAGGCAUUUACAAGUUUCAAUGGACCAGACUUCUAUGGGCUUCCAAGAAAUACAUCAAAGAUUAAAUUGAGAAAAGCUUCAUGGAAGGUGCCUGAGGCUUUCUCAUUUUCAUUCGGAGAUAUCGUUCCAAUGUUUGCAGGCAAUACACUUGAAUGGCAGCCAUCCUUCAUUUGAUAUACUGCAAUAAUAUAUAGAGAUUUUUCUGUUCAUUUGUUUGUUCUGCCAACACAGAAUAGUUGUUCUAUGAAAUGGUUGAUUUGUAUCAGAUGUUUCUGCUAGAAUCAAUUGAAUUUUUCUUUUUACUAUGCACUUGAGUCUUUUAGUGUACGCAGCUUGGUCAGCAUUAUUAUAAAGACUACAUUUUUCUUCA